CCCUCCUCUCUCCGCUUUAUGUCACGGGAUUAUGCUUAAUAACCCCGACGGUCGUGAUUCAAAAUGCCUGCGAGAUUGACUUCAGCCUUCAACCCCUCCGCUGCCUUGCGCAAUUGCCAACUCGCCGCACGACUGGCAUUUUCGACCGAGGCCAACACCGGGCCUUUGAUUCGGGUAACAGACCUGCCCGCGCCCAGCUCGGGUCACAUCCGCAUCCUUGAGCUCAACCGCCCAGCAGCCCGCAAUGCCAUCUCACGCGCACUGCUGUCAUCCCUACGUGACAAGAUCGACGCCAUCCACGCGCAGUACGACGCCGCAACAGGCGAGGAGCUUCCGACGCCCUCAUGGAACAAGAGAUUCGGUGGCAUUGCAGGCGACGACCAGAAGGGCCCAACGCGCGCCCUGAUCCUGGCCUCGGCAGUUGACACGUCCUUUUGCGCGGGCGCAGAUCUCAAAGAGCGCAAGACCUUUACUCAGGACGAGACCGCCGCGUUCCUCCUCAACCUCCGCACAACCUUCACCGCCCUCUCAACCCUCCCGAUUCCCACAAUUUCAGCCAUCUCCUCCCUCGCUCUCGGCGGAGGCCUUGAGCUGGCGCUAGCCACCCACUUCCGCGUGCUCUCGUCCAACGCUGUCGUCGGGCUGCCGGAAACCCGGCUGGGCAUUAUCCCCGGCGCAGGCGGCACCUACCGGUUGCCCGCAUUGAUCGGCAUCCCGCGCGCUCGGGACCUCAUACUCACGGGCCGGCGCGUGUCGGCGCCCGAGGCAUAUUUCUUGGGGAUUGCGGACAGGUUGGUCGAGGUUGCGCCCGAGAGCGAAGAACAAGCGAAAGAGUGGGAGGCGAUGGAGGACAAGGAGCGGGAGAAGAUGGUGCUGGACCUGGCGAGGCGGUCAGCGCUGAGCGAGGCGAUCAGGUUGGCAAGUGAGAUCUGCGAGGGUGGGCCUGUGGCGGUCAGGGCGGCGAUUAAGGCGGUCGAGGAGCCGAGAGAGACGGUGGAGAAUAGCAUGUAUGAGCGAGUGGUCAGGACAGAGGAUCGGGACGAGGCGCUGAAGGCGUUUGCGGAGAAGAGGAAACCUGUUUUUAAGGGGCGGUAAUGAUCGAGUUGGUAGGGGAUAUCAGUAAUUGAGGGAUUCAGGCGUCAGGUCCCGUCGGCUUGGAGUGACGGUGGAAGUGGGAAGAAUCUUCUGAAUGCGCCACUCCCCCGCGUAGCAACCCUCCCUUGGGCUUUGCAGCCGGCUACCUCUCUUCGACCGGCGAAGAGGGUUAGCCGGUGAGCUCUUGCUGGUCGUUUCUGCUGCACCAAGUCUCCUUCAUUUUUCCGUUUGGU